CGAACAAAGGAACAAGUUUGUUUUCGAAGCGUCUAUGACAACUUUGGCUUCAAGAAAACCGAUUUUAACUGUGAAUGUUUUCCUUUUUCGACGAACCAUGCUCUCGCGGUGUUGGCUUAAUAUUCUUCUACACGGUAAGGUUUGUUACUUUGAAAUCGAAGUCUCAAACUGGAAAUCAUUAUGAUUUUUAAACUAAAAAUAACAUUUUACAGCUUGAUUUUUUGUGACAUAAUUAACCGCAAAACUGUACGUCUUUUCGUAUGUAGGUGCCAUUUUCAUGCUAAAAACGAAACUCACUAGCUACGCAUUGAGUCCAGGAGAAUUUUAUCCCUGUUCUAAGGUAAGAAAUGUAAAUUCAUUUAUUUCCUCAUUCAAGUGUUGAAGUAAACGUCCCUUGAGAAUUCAGGGAUUAGUUAAUUUUAUUCAUUUUUGGCUUAGCGACAGUGUAAACAGGCAUGCAUGUUGGAUAAAAAGAGCUAUUGAAGACGACGCGCGCUUAAAAAUUGGAUUUUAUUUAACACUUUUAAAUUCAAGUUGGCCAACUGAUUUUAAAUACCGAGCUUUGAAGACUUUACCGUUUCGCAUUUCUCACACAUCAAGAAAAUUCUUUCAAUGUAGUAUCCAUCCCGACUGAUGUAACAAAAAGUAAGGAUACUGGUAUUAUGAAAUUUAUCUGAAAUUUAUUUUUUCGUUUCGUAUAAGUACUGUUGAUAAUGAAAACGUAACAGUCAAGCAAAUGAAGGAAUACAUCUGUUUUCAGUGUAGACUCUAACUAACAAAGUGAAAUUUUCCUCAGAGCUUUCACUUUCCUUUAGUAACGUGCCUUAAUUCAAAACACAAAUUCGGAUUUUUUUUCUCAGGAAUUAGAAUAUACAUUUGAAAUGAAAAAAGAUUUCAUAUCGCUGUGGGAUGAAGACACACCGCUCACACUCUGGCAAAUUCUACCGUUGUCAGCAAUCAAUAUUGGACAAAGCUUUUCUUUUAACUUUGAAGGCCAAGGAUAAAACUCUCCUAAUUAGCUAAUACCACACAAUGACCAUGUAUUAUCGCCUAAUAAUUUAGACGGAAUUUUUAUCCUUGAAUUUCCUUAAAUUACGGUCGCCAUGUCAGUUCGAAUUACCCAAGAUAGAUUCAAGCAAUAUUAGCUAAUAUUCGCCCAGAAAAUGAGAAUUUUAUACUCUAAUCCCGUUCAUAUCUCAGCUUAGAGGUAACAGUUAAUUAAGGGUGCAAUAUAGUUUUUUUACUGAGAUGAAUUAACAAUCUGGUUAUUUCGCUAGCCUGAAAUUUAACUUUGCCAUAACAACCUUGGUGAGACAUGUCAUUAAAAUGUCUCCAUAUUCACAUGUCUGUUAAUACGAGUACGCUAAUCAAAAUGACCGACUUACAGCUGACAGUUAUAGCAGACAACGACCUAAGAAAACAGAUCAAUCCUCUUUUGUUUGAGUGUUAGAAUUUUGUCUUGCCGACGGCAAACCGUGCAAGGAACGAAAAGAUAAUUAAAAAUCAUCAGAGAAACCGUAACAACCAUAUCAGAAAGUUUGAAAUAUAUUUUAUCAUCUGAGAGUCCAACCGAUGUUUUAUUAUUAAUCAUUAUUAUUAUCAUUAUUGCUAUAAUUAUUAUUGUGAAAAUUAUUAUUGUUAUUACUAUUCUGAAAAUUAUUAUUAUUAUUAUUAUUAUUGUGGAAAUAUUAUUUUUAUCAUCAUUAUUAUUAUUAUCAUUAUUAUAUCAUCAUAGUUUUUGUCGUCGUCGUUUUUAUGUUUUUAUUUGUGAAUUACUAUGAAUACGAAAGAAGCACAUUUCGAGUUGAUUAAGUUUUGAUCACCGGGGAAAACGUUGUUUUAGUUAAAAACAACACAAAUGGGGCGUGGAUGUUUUAUUCAAACAGCGACUUUCAAUAAUUAUUUUUGCGUUGAUCCUGUGAGAUGUUUUAAAUAAACCCUAGGUGGCAUUUGGUAUUUGCUUGACAUAACAAUAAAAACAUAACCACCUGGCAUAUUGUUGCGCGAAAAAAGUAGGACUUUAAACUGAGUUCCAAGCAAAGUUUUACAAUUUCCCGACCAAUAUCCUGUUGUUUUUAAAUUUCAUGGUAGAACAAUAAGGCCGAUAUAAUUUAUAUCAGGUAAAAAUGUUUAAUUUUCUAGAAUGAAUAGAAUGCGACUCGAAAAUGAAAUAUUUUCGCAGUCAAUCUAGUCUGCGUAGCAGGCGUCGAAAGGGGUAUUGCCCGGGGGGAUAUUCCUGGGAAUUCUAGGUGGGGGUGUGCUACCCGGUUCUUCAAAUCCUGACCCUAUUUCAGACCUAAAAAUUGUCAUUUUCCACACCCGUUUUUAGACCUGGCGUAGGCAGAAAUAAUAUUAUCAUUACUUAGAUUAGAACGCCAACAAAAGGAUUUCGUAAAGUCCACCUCGAAUUCGCAUGUUACUCUUUCUUUCUUAUUCAUUUGGAAUUGAAACGACAGAUACGUUCAUGCAUUGCCGCAAAAACCAUAGCUAUACCCGUUUUCAGACCAACACGGCGCAAAAAACAUACCCUUUGAAGCGGUAGGCAAAUAUAAGGGAGUAUCCCCCGGGGGUUAGGGGAAGGGCGCCUGCCAUGCAGAGGUCGCGGGUUCAAACCCCGGCCGGACAAACACUCAGGGUCUUUAAAUAACUGUGAAGAAAGUGCUGCCUUUGUAAUGACAUCUGCAAGUGGUUAGACUUUCUAGUCUUCUCGGAUAAGGACGAAAAACCGUAGGUCCCGUCUCACAGCACUUUCUUUCUUUUUUUUUUUUUUUUUUAUUGACAAGAAAAAAAUUAAUUACAAAUACUUGUUAUUUUAACUAUGAAAAAAUAUAUAUCCAUAUGGCAAAAAACAAACUAAAUUUGUCACGCAAAAAAAAAAAACAAACAAACAAACAAACAAACAAACUAAAUUCAAAGGAAAAAGACGCAAACCUGAUAAGUGAAACAGUAUAGCAGUAAAGUGUAGCUUGAAGGAAAUGACACUAGCAUUCGCGUAUCUAAAGAAGUUUGUCCCAUGUUUUUUUGAAUUGCCAUAAGCAGUUAGAUCUAAAAGCUAUGGUGCGAAGAAUAUCAAUUUUAUUGUUGAGACGCAGUAGAAAACUGUCAAAGUCCAGGACGCCGUUGCGUACGCUUGUAGCAAAAACAUUAUAUUUGGGUCUCACAGCACUUUCACUGAUUUGUUUUUGUGGGACGUAAAAGGACCCACAUUACUAUUUGAAAAGAGUAGGGGUCGUAGACCCCGGUGAUGUGGCCAACCUUUACGGGUUGUGGGAUUGGGUAGGGAUGGCACCUCGCAUGGGACCUGAGUCCCGUUCGUGCACAUUCCCUCUGGGCAUGCCUGUGUCCAGAAAAGCUGGUAAAUAAAUAAAUAAAUAAAAAGACGAAAAGUUUAGAAUAAAAAAUAGAGAUUUAUUCUUAUUCUUUGCUCAAAAAGGAUCAAAACGUUCACUCUAAACUACUAACGGAAUGUUCCUCGUUUAUUAGUCUUCUUGCAACAGCUCGCUUUCAGACAGACAAUGUGCAGUGGACAACAACGAAUGCAAAUGUGCAUUGAACCACAACUCUGCCUGCGAUACUUUAGACCAGCAGCCUUUCGUUAAUCUCACGGGGGAACCUUAUGAUGGUACAUCGCAGUGGACCUGCUGUUGGUGUGCCCAAAAUACAACCUACUGUUGCGACAAGUGCAUUAGCACCACAGGUUGGUGGGCAAGUAGUCCUUCUUAAUUGUAAUUUCGUUCACCGCAUACAUCACUCUGAGGAUUAAUAACUCUUACGCUUUGUUUCAAUGUCAAAACCAAUGCAAGCCGCCAGUAAUUGAGGUAACAGUAUUGCAUUGGCUACGCAAGCUUCAUAUCCUCAAUAAAUAGUUUUUGGGGUUAUACUGAUUUCUUUGAAUACGCAAAGUAGUUCACUUGGGCACUUGAAUUAUGCCAAUCACUAAAUGCUGCAUACAGAAGGAACAUAUUUAUCCUUGGUACUUCACUUAUCAUAUCCCAAGGAUCAAUAUACCUUACGUUUAUUCAGCGGGCGAACUCGCACGACGCUUGAAAGAGAUGGCUUCUUAAAGGUCUAGAUACAUCUGUAGAACAAAAUGUAUUGUGCGUCAUUUCUGCUAAUGUGAAAAUCCAUUCUAAGGCGUUAAUGAGCCUCUGUAUUGAGAUUUCCUACGAAAUCAAAGUCGCGACGAUCAAAAUUUAUGAAGCGACGAUCUUAAAAAUUAAAGCGACGAACGCAUUGCAAUUUCAAUCAACUUUUAAAAACAAUGGACGUGCAAUGACGGCAAAGAAACCCGCCAAAAAAUGUGCUGCACUUUCACAGUUGCCCUGCGAGCAGAGAUUUCUUUCCGGGAUGGCUUUUAGCAUAUACUUGUAGCAAGUCGUUCGCGUCGCCAAAAGCCAUGCCAGGAAGAACUUUCGCUCGCAGGGUAGUUCAGAGUUUUAGUUUUGCUUUUUUUCUCGUUUCCGUCAUCGUUGUGGCUGCGCUGAGCUCGCUAGCAGCGUUACCACGCUAAACAAUUCUUGAUAUGCCACGACUUGGCCUAAAAAACGGACGAUAUGGAAAACGAGAGGUUCGUUGAUCUAAAGCUGGAUUCUAGCACAGAAAUAUUCACUACUAGCAUAAAUUAUUUCAUAAAUAGUAGCAAGUGGAAACUCGUUUUCUUUUUCUUUUUUCACAGCCUCACCAGCAACCACAGUGCCAAUGUUGUAUUACAAAGUAAUUCUUGUGUUUAUACGGGACUGCGAUCAGAAUUCAGGCAACGACCAACGAUUAAGAGAUUCUCUGGAGCAAGGAAUAGCAAGUCUUUCCAGAAUUCCAUUGGUGCAAGUCACAGCCUACGUCGCUUGCAAAACUGGUCGUUGGCCGUACUGCGGAGUGGACGUAGAGAACAUCCAGGCUCAUCAUCGCGCAAAACGCUUAGUAGGUGGAAGAAUGAAGGGGCCGAAAAGCUCGAAGAAAAAUAACGAGCAAAAAUCGCAAAACUCCUACCGUGAACCAAGCUACCUGACCUGUACUGGUCUGGCUGCAAACAUUACAGUACAAGGGAAAAACCUUACUAAACUUGAGACGUCUCUGGGUUUACUUCGACAUCUCCUGUCCAACAAUUCUCUUGUCAUCCCGUUAUGGGAUGGAAGAAGUAUUCACCCGUCAUUCAUGUUAUCCGCCGUCGAAGGAUCAUCAUAUAGUCUUUACAAGGCGCCGGCGACUGAGCAACCCUCGACACCUGCAAAUGAGCUACCACCUAUUGAAGUUGACUUGAAACCUUUGUUCUAUGCUUUGGGGGGUAUCUUAGGAUUGAUUUUCCUGUGCGUCUUUUGGAAGUUCUUGAAACAUUCCUGGCUUCUUUACAGAAGGAAAUUCACUCCAAUCAACAGUGACCGCGUGGAUCACAAGAAAGUUCAACAGCUACAGCGGAUCAUGGAAGCAAUGGAAGAAAAUGACAGUAAACCAAUCGGUAGGUGCAUAAAAAAUACUACUAAAAUGCGGAAACUUUGGAAACACGAAAUUUCGCUUCGAAUGCACUUUGAUGCUUUCAGGGGCGUUGUCGUCGAAGAGCCUGUAUAUUUUAUUACAGACCCCAAGUUACAUAUUGUACAGCACUGAAACGUUUGUUGGUUUUACCGCGAGCAGAUGUUUGGCGUCCCCCUUUAUAUUAGGCAAAUCCCUUUCCGUGAGUUAACAACUGCAUCUUGAUAAAACGUUAGAAACUUAGUAUCGCUUGCUACCUCUUUAAAAGAAUCACUUGAUAUUUUCCUCUUGAGUAAGGAUUCCUUCGAGAAGAUAUGUUAAAGAAACAGAACAGCGGAGGAACAAAACACUUUUGCUAAUUUAUUGUUUUUUAACCUGUAUUUUGGCCAGCUAACGGAAGAUCCCAUCAAAGUGCCUCCGCCAGCCUGCGUCCAAGUGAAAACGAGGCUAACGGUUCGUUAGGCAGAUCACUAGCGCCCGCGUACACACCAACAGAACUGCACAUGCAGCGGACUCCGCCAAAACUUAUUCUCGAUGACGUCGACUCCGACAUGGACAGACGAAGUAUUGACAGUGCAAGCGAGAUGAAUAUGGAAGAUGAUGACAAUUUGAGUGACAUAUUAAACAGUGACGACGAGCGCAUUUUGCGAGACUCCAGCGGUAGCUCACGAUUGUUUAAUGGAAUAGGAAAUCCUGGCUUUAUAAAGGAUAAUGCUACUGCUUCCGCGAGAGGUGACAACAAAAACGAAGCAACAAAGUACAGUGACAAAAACAGAAACAAAUCUACUUCUCAGAGGCUUGCUAAUGGUUAUCUGCACUCAGAGCUUAAUAUCCGUACUAGUGAAGAACGUAAAGGAUCUGUCGUGUCUUCUGAUUUAAGCUCAAAUGCGGAUGAGAACACAGCUUUUCUGCCAUUGAAAUACGACAAAACGACAAAACAACAACCGUCUGAAAAGCCAAAGAAAAGUGGAAACUUGUUAUCGUCUUCAAAUACCGAAAGGAAAGUUCGUAGAUCAUCAAUAUCACCUUCAGAUGAAAAAGCAAAUUCACCAAGGUUGUCAGAGACAGAAGUUAACACGAAAAUGAAGUCUUCGACCUUGCAGGAUGUACGAGACCCGGACAAACGAAAGUCCAGUUCAGCAACAGAUUAUGAAAUUAGGAUUGCCAUUCCCAAGGAUAAGUACACAAAAAGGGAAAAGAACACAAAAGCAAUUAAGCAGGAAAAUGAAAUAAAAGCGGACGAUCGUACAACGGUUCGUCAUGGAGAAAUAUCGACCUCAAGGAUCAAAGAAAAGAUAUCUACAAGCGCUAGCGCACGGAGAAAGUCUAAGAUUUCUGCUGACGAAGAAGUUAAGGUUUCUGAAAAGACGGAGGAAAAGAAUGAUCGAUUAACCGUUCUAGCAAGCCAGGGGCGCAGAAAGUCAGUUAAUGUUGAUAGAAACAAUAUAAAAAGCUCUGGGAAGGACAACAGAUUGGUAACACAAGAUGGCGGACGCAGAGGAUCUACACUUACUGACGGAGGCGAGGUCGUUCGCUCAGCUACUAAAAUUGCAUCGUCACUGGUCAUAAAUGAGGGGAAGGCAAAAGGUUCUGAAAAAAAUAAAACAACGAACCCAGAGUCCAAGGAUGGAGAAACUACCAAAAGGAAGAAGAAAAAAAUAAAAAGACAAAAGGAUAACAAGAAAAGCGUUGAAGAUCUAGAUGAUAUAUCCGACCUAGAAGAAGAGCUAAAAGGUUUCACAAUCCCAGCUAGUCCAGAAAUGUGGCGAUCCACGUCUGUAACCACGGCCACGGGAGAUGCAGAAAACAAGAAAAAGAAGAAAAGCAGAAAGAAAAAAGUAGCAACUAAAGGCAAAAAUGAAGAUUCCGAAAAUUCGGACGAAGAUGUGGAAGAUAUGAUAAAGCAGUUGAAUGAGAAUUUUGUCGCGCCAGAAACAACUAGGAGAAAAUCCGUUGCUCCGGAAGAAACAGAAAGAAAGAAAAAGAAACCAAAGAAAAGUAAAUCAACUAGAAACAGACCAGAAAAUGCCGCAACACAAUCAGAUGAAGAAACGAAUGGUGAUUUCACGCGAAGGGCAAGAAAUGUGCAAGCGGAGUCGUUGUCAGUAAAACCCGAGAAAAAGCGUAAAAAAUCCAUUGUCCUGGAGGACAUGGAGGAAAAAUUAGAAACAAAUGAAGAGACUUUUCCAAACUCGGAGCAUUCAAGAAGCAUGGAAGACGGAAACAGAUCCGAGACGCCUCAGAAUUGUUCCCAUUUACAAACACAGAGAAUUUCUCCUAUCCCGACAGGAUACAAGUCACCACUACUGGUUAUUAAGCCCACUAACCAACGCAGCUAA